AUGACGUUGUCCUGGAAACGUACUGAUACCAGUACAAAACACAGCAAACAUCUUUUUGUACUGUCAAUAGUUUUAUUUUCUUUACAACCUUUAGUUAUCGCAGAAGAAAGUUCUAAACUGCGGGCUGAGACUGCAAGCCCAAACGCAGUUGCUACAUUUGUGAUUUUUGGUUCUUUAUUUGCACUUGGCGUAAUUGUCCUUUGCACAUGUAUUAAUAGACGAUUGAAAGUUGAUAAAAAUAGGAUCCCUGAUGUUUAUGAUCCGGAAAUUGCUCGGGCAGAAGCAAGUUUAGUUGAGACUUUAAACGAAGCAGCUCGACAAAAUUAUGAGCGUGCACGAUAUAUCACACUUUCCCAAUUUCUUUCAAUUCAGGAGAAAGGUGUGUCAGCAUGGGAAUUUGAACCGGACCUUCAGCAUACUAGCUGUUUUGUAGAAUGUCGUACUGAAAUCGCAUUUUAUGAUGGUGAAUGUUGCGUUCAGACAAACCUCCCGUUACCAAAACAACAAGAAGUAUAUUAUUGGGAAGCUAAAAUGUACGACAAACCACAGAAUACAACUGUAACUGUGGGUUUAGCAACUAAACCUUAUCCUUUAUUUCGCUUACCAGUUGCUUAUUUUUCGGAUAGUGGUUUUAAAUACUAUAAUUCACCAUUUAAUGGUAAAACGUAUGGUCCACAAUUUCAACAAGGUGAUGUUGUUGGUGUUGGUUAUCGACCAAGAACUGGUACGGUUUUCUUUACACGUAAUGGGAAAAAGUUAGACGAUGCAUUUACAGGAAUGAAGAUGAAUCUUUUCCCCACAGUUGGAGCAAAUGGACCUUGUUGUGUUCAUGUGAAUUUUGGUCAACUAGGAUUCGUUUUUAUUGAAGCAAAUGUAAAAAAAUGGGGGCUUGCACCGACAAUGGGAACAUUAGCACCUCCUCCAGCAUACGGAUCAGAACGAGGUUCGAUUUUGUUGGAAUCUAGUUCUAGGGGACGUCCUUCAGAGGAUAUUUCUCGUUUACAAUAUAAUGUGAAUAGUGGAAUUAUGACAGGUGUUCCUCCUGAAGCUGGUUUGGACAUUUCUUUGUCGGACAUCACAGUUCCACCACCUUCUUAUUCUUCAGUGGAUCGAUAUUAUGAGCGUCAAUCUUUUAUGUCCGAAAGUUCUGAAACGUAUCUGUUAGCUGGGGAACAAAGUGAUUCUAGAAGAAAUAGUUAUGAAAGUACUUCUAGGGAUCAACAAAGACGCGGCUAG